AGAGGAAGUGACGUAAGAAUGGCGGAGGGGCGCGAGGUUUCAAGAUGGCGGUGGCUGGGUGGCUGACCGGGAGGCGGAGGUGAAGGCCCCUACGAAAUCAAACGGGCCGAGGAUCGUCCCCUCCCGCGUCUCACAGUCCCAGGAGCCCAGCAGAAGGGUUUUUUGGGGUUUUGUUUUGUUUUUGUUUGGUUCUUUUCCUAAAAAAAAACAAGUAAACCAUACAAAUUGUCAACAUGGGACGGAGAUCGACAUCAUCCACCAAGAGUGGAAAAUUUAUGAAUCCCACAGACCAAGCCAGAAAAGAAGCUCGGAAGAGAGAAUUAAAGAAGAACAAAAAACAGCGUAUGAUGGUACGAGCUGCAGUUUUAAAGAUGAAAGAUCCCAAACAGAUUAUCCGGGACAUGGAAAAAUUGGAUGAAAUGGAGUUUAACCCAGUGCAGCAGCCACAGUUAAAUGAGAAAGUGCUGAAAGACAAGCGUAAAAAGCUACGUGAAACCUUUGAACGUAUUCUCCGACUCUAUGAAAAAGAGAAUCCAGAUAUUUACAAAGAAUUGAGAAAGCUAGAAGUAGAAUAUGAACAGAAGAGGGCUCAACUUAGCCAAUAUUUUGAUGCUGUCAAGAAUGCUCAGCACGUGGAAGUGGAGAGCAUUCCUUUACCGGAUAUGCCGCAUGCUCCUUCCAACAUCUUGAUCCAGGACAUUCCACUUCCUGGUGCCCAGCCACCCUCCAUCCUUAAGAAGACGUCAGCCUAUGGACCUCCAACUCGGGCAGUUUCUAUACUUCCUCUUCUUGGCCAUGGUGUUCCACGUUUGCCCCCUGGCAGGAAACCUCCUGGUCCUCCCCCUGGUCCACCUCCUCCUCAAGUCUUGCAAAUGUAUGGCCGUAAAGUGGGCUUUGCCCUAGACCUUCCUGCUCGUAGGCGAGAUGAAGACAUGUUAUAUAGUCCUGAACUUGCUCAGCGGGGUCACGAUGAUGACGUUUCCAGCACCAGUGAGGAUGACGGCUAUCCUGAAGAUAUGGAUCAAGAUAAGCACGAUGAUAGCACUGAUGACAGUGACACUGACAGGUCAGAUGGAGAAAGUGAAGGGGACGAGUUUGUGCACCGAGAUGAUAAUGAGAGAGAAAACAACGAAGAAAAAAAGACAGGUCUGAGUGUACGAUUUGCAGAUAUGCCUGGAAAAUCAAGAAAGAAGAAGAAGAAGAACAUGAAGGAGCUGACUCCUCUUCAAGCCAUGAUGCUUCGAAUGGCAGGUCAGGAAAUCCCUGAGGAGGGACGUGAAGUAGAGGAAUUUUCAGAGGACGAUGAUGAAGAUGAUUCUGAUGACUCUGAAGCAGAAAAGCAAUCACAAAAGCAGCAUAAAGAGGAAUCUCUUUCUGAUGGCACAGCUGCUGCUGCUUCCCAGCAGCAGGCUCCUCCACAGUCUGUUCCUCCUUCUCAGAUGCAAGCUCCUCCCAUGCCAGGGCCACCUCCUCUUGGACCACCACCUGCUCCACCUUUACGGCCACCUGGACCACCUACAGGCCUUCCUCCUGGACCACCUCCAGGAGCUCCUCCAUUCCUGAGACCACCUGGAAUGCCAGGCCUCCGAGGGCCUUUACCCAGACUUUUACCUCCAGGACCACCACCAGGCCGACCCCCUGGCCCUCCCCCAGGUCCACCUCCAGGUCUGCCUCCUGGCCCUCCUCCUCGGGGACCCCCUCCAAGGCUACCUCCCCCUGCACCUCCAGGUAUCCCUCCACCUCGUCCUGGCAUGAUGCGCCCACCUUUGGUGCCUCCACUUGGACCUGCCCCACCUGGGCUUUUCCCACCAGCUCCCUUGCCGAACCCCGGGGUUUUAAGUGCUCCGCCCAACUUGAUUCAGCGACCCAAGGCGGAUGAUACCAGCGCAGCCACCAUUGAGAAGAAAGCCACGGCGACCAUCAGCGCCAAGCCGCAGAUCACUAACCCCAAGGCAGAGAUUACUCGGUUCGUGCCCACUGCACUGAGGGUCCGUCGGGAGAAUAAAGGGGCUACUGCUACUCCCCAGAGAAAGUCAGAGGAUGAUUCUGCUGCGCCUCUUGCCAAAGCGGCCCCCAAGUCUGGGCCAUCUGUUCCCGUCUCCGUACAAACUAAGGAUGACGUUUAUGAAGCUUUCAUGAAAGAGAUGGAGGGGCUACUGUGACAGCUUUUGAUGGCAGGACAGGCUUCUGUUCCCAUCAGUGGCUCAUGGAGAAAGAAGCUCUUAUUAAACUUAGGUGAAGGAGCUGCUUUCAGUGUCAGGGUGUUUUUAAUUUCAGUUCAAGGAACUGUCCUAAAGUUCAGCCUUGUUCAGCAUUUACUGCAUAUAAAAGAGGGUAUUUCCUUCAGAUAGAUUGGCUGUUGAAGCAGUGCUGCUAACAUCCGUUCCCUGUCACACCACCAUUUCAUCCCGUUUCUUCCUCUUCUCUAUUUCUUUGGAAACUUGUGAUCCGGGGGAGCUUCCUUACUCAUUUGUUUGAUUCUCUUCUUGUGUGCUGUCGGCACUGGAGUAGAGAUUUCUGAAAAAACAGCUUAUUUCAUCCCAUCUUGCCUUUCGUGUUUGAGUUAUUUUUAAUAUUUUUCUGUAAAUAUUUUAUAAUAUUGUAGUGAAAUGGAUCACAAUGUCAUUGCCUAAUGCAAAGCAAGAUAUGUGGGAAGGAAAUGUACAAUUCUUUGAUAAAAUUGUUUCCCACUGACCUAAACUCGGAGUGUUUCAUGGAAAAAGUAAAUAAAUAAACGUUCUACACCAAGAUAUCCUCUGUGUUACUGAUAAUGUAUAAACAUAUCUGUAUUAUGGGCAGAGAAGAAGCAAGUGUUUAAAACUUGGGUUUUUAAAGGAUUAUACCAUUUCUGAUAUGGAAUGAAAAUUUUAUUGAAAAAGUGGUUAAAACUAAGUUUUAAAUUUUAAAGGGUAAAGAAGAGAAAUAGUUAUUUUCCCUUAGGAUUAUUAUAUUGGCUUUGGAGAAAUUGAGAUGUUUUCUCUAUUGCUAAGAAGAUGGUGAAUCUUACUCUCGAAAGUUACUUACUUGUACAGAGCUCUGUGAACUGAUAUCAAUUGAAUGGCUAAAGCUUCUUUUAAGUCAUUUGUAACUAUUGGCCAGAAAAGGCUACUUUUUCUUUUUUGAAUUUGUCAUUUGUAUGAGCUUUUAUUAUGAAAAGCACAGGCAUUUGUUAUUUAUAUCAUGGUUUUAUGAAAAUGUUUGCUCUGGUUAAAUCACUGCUACAAAACGUGAGCUUGAUGUAAAUCUUCAAUCAGGUGUAUGGAUAAAUAAUGACCGUUUCUUUAUCAAAGUGUCACUUUAUUACACAUUGUUUCUUAACAUUUUGAGUUUCCUUUAAAGUACUAUAAAAUGUGAAUUACAGAUCACCAUGUGGCUUGGAAUCAGCAUAAAAUCCUAGGUGACAUCUAAGUUUCUGUUUAGUUUCAAUUCUCAUUUGGUAUGUUCUAGUUUGUGCUCUUUAUUAAAAUAUCUCCUUAUAUGUA